AUGCCGUCGCCGUCGCCGGCGGCCGUGCUCGUCAGCAACGGCACCAUCGCCCCACACGCUCCCCCAUCCGCCGCCGCCUUCCUCGACUCCACGCCGGGCGCCUACACCACCGCCCGCGGAACCCUCCUCUGGUGGCCACGCCACCUCCGCCGCCUCGCCGAAUCCGCCGCGCUCCUCGCCCGUUCCCACCCCCACCUGCUCGGCCUCCCCCUCCCCCGAUCGCGCGCCCUCGACCUCGACUUCCUCUCCAUCCAGUCUCUCGUCAACCCCUCCGUGCGGGUCGCCAUCCACGAGAUGCGCACUCGGCUGCCCGUGACCAAGGACGAGCAUUUGGCGCUCACUGCCCUGGUCAGAGGAGCAGGAGCAGGAGCAGGAGCCGAUUCCAUUUCUGGUUCUUGGGACGGCCUCGACGUCUUCGUCCACGUCGGGACGUAUGCCCCGCCGGUCUUUGGAGAGUCGGGGGCCAGACUUGCUGUUGCCGGCAGGGGAAGGGACGCCGCCGCCGCCAAGUACGCGUCCUGGGCCAGGUCGGUGCUGUACUCUACUGAGGAAAAUGAGAGGAAUGGGCAAUUCUCUAAUCAAACAAUGGCUACUAAGUUUGAAGUGCAAACAGCGCCACUGAGUGAUGGAGUCCUCCCUGGGAUUAUAUGUCAGAUAGUGAUAGAGGUGUGCCAUGAUAUUGGAAUCCCAGUACGAGAGAUAUCUCCAUCGUGGUCCAAUAAUGAAUUUUGGAAAGAGGCAUUUGUUACAAGUAGCUUAAGGCUUAUCCAGCAUGUAGAGUCAGUUCAAGUACCUUUAUUUUGGGAGGACAUACAAUCUAAAACCUGGAGCGAUGUACCUUGGGCAGUGAAGAAGUUUCAGGUGCUGGAUGCAUUACGACACAAAUUCAGACAUUUUGGCUGCUGUGCUUUAUUUGUUGGCUACCAAAACAGGCCUCACCUCGGGGAAGCAGAAGAGGAAGGCAUCUGGUGGAUAGCGUUGGAGUCCGGAUGGGGACUGCAUUCUCUCGCCUCCCCCGAGCGACCGAUUCCCGCCGCCGGCCUUCUCCAAGCAGCCAUGGAUGAGUGGGUUCACCAAGCCGAGAGCUGGAUCCGCCAGCAGCCCCCGGAGCAGAUCUAUAUCGCGGCCGCGGUGGUUGCCCUCACAGUCCUGCUGCUUAUCGUAGCAUCUUGUCUGAAAUCCUCGAAGCCAAAUACUAUAGUGCUAUCCGGGCUUAGUGGCAGUGGCAAAACUACUAUUUUCUACCAGCUUCAGGAUGGAUCAUCACACCAAGGAACUGUGACUUCAAUGGAAGAAAACAAUGACACAUUUGUGCUGCAUUCGGAGCAAGAAAGGAAAGGCAAAGUAAAACCUGUGCAUGUUGUUGAUGUCCCUGGCCAUUCAAGGCUCAAGCCCAAGCUUGAUGAAGUCCUGCCUAAAGCAGCUGGGGUUGUUUUCGUUGUUGAUGCUCAAGAUUUCUUCUCUAGCAUGCAAGCUGCUGCAGAGUACCUGUAUGACAUUCUGACAAAGGCAACUGUAGUGAAGAAAAAGGUUCCUGUGCUUAUAUUCUGCAACAAGACAGAUAAAGUUACAGCCCACUCAAAGGAGUUCAUAAAGAAACAGUUGGAGAAAGAAAUAAACAAGCUUCUGGAAUCAAGGAAUGCCAUAUCAUCAGCUGACAUCUCUGAUGAAGUCCAGCUCGGGGUCCCUGGAGAGGCAUUCAACUUCAGCCAGUGCCAGAACAAGGUGGCUGUUGCUGAGGGUGCCGGUAUGACUGGUAAUGUUUCAGCUGUCGAGCAAUUCAUCCGUGAACAUGUGAAGGCAUAG